AUGAAAUCGUGGUCGGAGCUGGCAACCGUUCUGUCGCCCACCAUCCCCAUAGUAGAGAGUUCCGCCAAUCCGGCCGCCAUCAUCUCGUCCCGCCUGGCCACCUAUCUCAAGCGCACCUGGACAGCCCUCUCGAGAUGUCCCCUGGAUAAGAAGCUUGUGGGUACCCAUCCCAAGCGCGUAUACUACUUCCUCUCGACCUGCCCGCACCAGCCGAUCCCUGCCGACGGAGGCAACGUUCCAUCUGCGGCGCGCAUCAUCUCCCCAUCGCUCUCUUCUGCGGCUUCUGAGGAGGAGGAGGAUCUGGAUGCGCGUUCACGAGCUCGCAUGUCGCCAUCGCCAGAGCUGGAUCUCUCCGACUACGACAGCAACGCCAGCGAUCCCUUCUCGAAUCAAAGUCACCCACCGACGACGGCGAAUAUUGCAAACAACCGAAGGGCACAAUCACCGCCAUUAGAAAAAGAUGAACGCGAGUUCACCCAGACUGCCUCCUUCCUCCAGCAACGGCGGAGGAGUCAGGAAGCCGAGCGAUCGGCCCGUGCUUCGGCAGAGCCAAGCACAAAGCAGGAUGUCGUCAUGGACGAAGUCUCCCAUUCAAUUGAAGAAACGGAGGAGAGUGCGGCACGCAAGAAUUCGGAAGCAGCGGCUGCUCUAUUUGGUCACUUGGACCACCUCUCCAGUUUCCAGGCAAGCCUUGUACCCAGCAGUCCAGCCGUAAAACCCACGCUUCACAUGGAGAUGCCUCCCCCUUCGUUGAAGCGCAAACAGCCGAAAUUCGAAUUGGACGACGAGGAGGAUUGGGCCAUGAAGAGCCCCGAGAGCAUCCAUGUCGACGAGCUCGACGACCUUUUCGACGACUGCAAUUGA